AUGGAAAGAAUUUUAUUGCAGUUGGAAAAUAUGGGCGAAAAUAUUGACCUACAGCAUGUCGAUAUGAUGAUUGAAAGUAAGCUCCCGCGCUGGGCAUUAUUGGAGCUUUACGAGGCAAAAAUACAUGAUAAACCGUGGAGUGUUAUGAAGUUACGAUUUCAUUUGGAAGAAAUUGUACGGAAAAGAGAAAGCGUAAAUAGGAUUCUUGGCGAAUCAACAUUGGGCAGAAGCAAAAGUUCAACAAGACAGAUGGAAGAUCGGUCGGAACUGAAAAACACUUCU